GAGGUUUGGGCCGCACACUCCCGGGGGCAGCCAUUUUCUUAAGGGCUAUCAAGUGUUUGAUAACGACCUUCUUCGAGUACAGUACUGAGAUGAAAAAAAUCUGAAAUGUUUCUGAGUCUAGUUAUUAACUUUGGGGACGAGGCGAAAAGAAAAAGCCUCGCGAUUUAGACCCAGAAGGUGUCCUUCAAAUUGUUUUCUUAAUCCUUAGGAAAGAACAAUUACAGACAAGCACUCUGUAGGGGAUGAGCCCUUAACCUUUUAAACAUAGACCUAAACAGCACAGUUUAGAUGUAAUUGAUAGGGACAGACAAGCACUCAGAAUCGAGUCCUAGUUCUUUAAGGACUUGAUGAAAGGGCGGGGCUUAUGGCGGUUGUAACGCUGGGCGGAAGUUCGCCAGAAGAAGGGCGGAAGUAGUGUGUUCGGUUCCGCAAUCAUGGCGCAGGAAGCAGAGGAUGUUAGAGAUUACAAUUUAACUGAGGACCAAAAAGCAAUCAAGGCCAAGUAUCCUCCAGUCAUUCGGAAGUACGAAUAUUUGGAUCACACAGCAGAUGUCCAGUUACACGCAUGGGGGGAGACUCUGGAGGAGGCGUUUGAGCAGUGUGCCAUGGCCAUGUUUGCUUACAUGACAGACACUGAGACUGUGGAGCCUCUCCAGACGGUAGAGGUAGAAGCCCAAGGAGAUGACUUGCAGUCUCUUCUGUUUCACUUUUUGGAUGAAUGGCUUUAUAAGUUCAGUGCUGAUGAAUUCUUCAUACCCCGGGAAGUGAAAGUACUUAGUAUUGAUCAAAGAAAUUUCAAAUUACGUUCAAUUGGGUGGGGAGAAGAAUUUUCACUUUCUAAGCAUCCUCAGAGGGUUUUGCUACAUAGCCCAAGCUAUCCUGGGACUACUGAUCCUCCUGGCUCAGCCUCCCAAGUGCUGGAAUUAUGGGAACAGAAGUCAAAGCAAUAACAUAUUCAGCAAUGCAAGUCUAUAAUGAAGAAAAACCAGAAGUUUUUGUGAUCAUUGACAUUUAAAGGCCGAGAAUAUAAAGCUCAGUGGCACAGCACCUGCUUGGCAAGUGUGAGGUCAUAAGUUCGAUUUUGGUACCCAAAAGAAAGAAGAGACUUUGAUGAAGACCUGUUUUUAUUUUUCCUCUUGAAAAGGUAUAAUUUCAUUUCUCUAAUAUCUUUUGACAAGUGGAAAUUUACAGAACAGAAAUUUUUAACUUAAAGCGUGACUUUCACAAGUAGAAAAUCAGCUAGGCAUGGUGGCAAAUGCCUGUAAUCCCAGCUACUCUGAGGACUGAGGAGAGAGUAUCAAAAGUUUGAGGCAACCUUGGCAACUUAGCAAGACCUUGUCUCAAAAUAAAAAAUCAAAAGAUCGCCGGCUGGACAUGGUGGAGCACCCCUGUAAUCCCAGCAUUUGGAGACUGAAUUACAGGCUGACCGGAACUACAUAGCAAGACUGUCUCAACAUAAAUAAAGUAAAAUAAAAUAGCCUCUGUGAUACAGUAUCCCUGGGUUCUAACCACAAUAGUGGGGAAGAAAAAAAAUAAAUGGAAAAUCAGA